CUUUGGCUUUGCUAGUACGACUUCAUCCACUCCUUGACUGGGACUAGCCUCCACCGUUCGGUCGUCUUCUUUGGCCAUUUUGUUUUGGGUCAGAGCUUCAGUGCCUCGACGUUCUCGGCUGUGUGUAGGUGUGUCUGGACCGAACCCGAUCCUGGUCGUGGCCUUCCCCCUGGCUCAGCUCACUCCGCACUUCGGCCCGUGCCUGACACGUCAAAUCCCGCCUCUCUCACCCUGACCAUGCCGGUGAGGUUGCUUCGCGGCUUAUUGCCACUGCGGCUGGGUGCAUCCCGGUGCAUGGCUGCCGGACCGGUGGCGGGGUGGUCUGGGCUCCCUAGCCGCUAUCGGUUAUCCACCAGUGUGGGCUUGCGGAAGUACGUGCCGGUGGUGGUGCCGGCCGCCGAUGAGGACAAGGUGGUGCGGAGCCCGUACUCGGAUGUCGAGUUGCCCGAGUGCAACUUGGCCGAUUUCGUGUGGAAGAAUGUCCAUCAAUGGCCCGACAACAUUGCCAUGAUUUGCGGCAUGACGGGUCGUCAGUACACGUACGAUAUGGCUUACGGUAUGUCCCGUAAGUUUGGCAGUGCCAUGAUCCGGAUGGGCGCUAAGAAAGGUGAUGUGUUUGCUAUGGUUGUGCCUAACAUUCCGGAGUUUCCUAUUGCCUUUUUGGGCGCUGUGGGCGUGGGCUUGACCCCCACCACCAUGAACCCUACCUAUCGACCGGAGGAGAUUGCUCGUCAAUUGGAGAAUUCUCAGGCUCGCUUUAUCAUUACGAUUGGGUUGUUUUUACCCAAUAUUCGGCAAGCCUGCGAGAUCUACUCCGGGAUUGAAAAGAUCAUUGUGCUGGGCAUGGAGGAGAAACCCGCGGAUUGUGCUUCGUUCAUUGAGAUGCUCAUUUACGAUGAUGGAUCAUUGUACGAUCAAGAUCGAAGUUGUGAUCCCCAUAACGAUUUGGCCGCUUUGCCCUAUUCCUCAGGCACCACGGGUCCGCCCAAGGGCGUGAGUCUGACUCACUUCAAUAUGGUGUCCAAUUUGGUACAACUGCUUCAUCCCCAAGUGAAUAACCUGCGGGAAUGUAAUCCCACGUCCAAGAGCAAUCAAGAGAUUACAGUGGCCGUUCUGCCCUUUUUCCAUAUCUAUGCCAUGACCGCCAUUAUGAACCUUGGCCUUCAUUUGGGUGCUAAGAUUAUUACUCUACCCAAAUUCGAGCCCGAGGCGUAUCUCAAGGCUUUGGUCACCUACAAGCCCACAUUCUUACAUUUGGUGCCGCCAUUAGUGAGUUUCUUGUCCACCAAUCCGGCCGUUAAAGCUCAACAUUUGGCCAGUUUGGAGGCGGUCAUCGGUGGAGCCGCCCCUUUCGGCCCGGCCCUCAUUGAGAAACUCAUGGAAAAAUGCAAGCCUAACGUGGUCAACUUCAGAGAAGGUUUUGGCAUGACCGAAUCCUCGCCCGUGAGCCAUGUCCAACCGGAAGAAAACGCAGUUCUCGGUGGGUGUGGCCAUCCCAUUCCCAAUACACUGGCCAAGAUUGUGGACUUGGAAACGGGAGUUGCCUUGGGACCCAAUGAGGACGGCGAACUUUUGGUGGCCGGGCCUCAGGUCAUGAAAGGGUAUUUCAAGAACAAGAAGGCCACAAAUAAGACCAUUGUGGAUGGUUGGCUUCGGACGGGCGACAUCGCCAAAUUCGAUGAGACCGGCCAAUUCAUGAUUGUGGACAGACUCAAGGAACUCAUCAAAGUGAAAGGGCUUCAGGUUGCUCCAUCAGAAUUAGAGGAUCUGAUCCGGCGACAUGAAGGUGUGAAUGAUGUGGCCGUAGUGGGCGUGCCCGACGAGCGCUCAGGCGAGCUUCCGCGCGCUUAUGUGGUUCGAAAGAACCGAAAUGUCUUGGAGCAAGACAUCAUUGACUUUGUGGCCGAAAGAGUGGCCCCUCACAAGAAAUUGGGAGCAGGUGUGAUGUUUGUGGAGACACUGCCCAAAAAUCAAACGGGAAAGAUCUUGAGGCGGGAGCUCAAGGCCCAAGUGUUCAAGGGAUCCUUUGGCUACUAAAUUUGAGCAGCAGACGAAUCGCAAUUCUUCGAAUAUUCGACGAUCACAAAUAUGUAUUUAUAUUUUCGACACCAAUAAUAUACCCUUAUUAGCUUACAGGGCAAUAAAUAAGCUGGACCGUUGAAA